CGACGAACCCAUUCCCCUGUAAAACUGGUGUCUAAUUUAACGUUCUUGAUUGCUACAUCAAGCAACACACCCCCUACAAACGGCUAUAAUGAGUCACAUAACUCACUUGUAUGCCGUAAGCGUCGAGCUGGAACUGAGGAUAAAACUGUACUGACAGCUAGUGUUAGCACCACUCCUAAAAAUUCAGUACCCUCUGCUCAUACAGAACCCCUCCCUUCACCUUAUGUGCUUAUCGAAAAACUCCAGCCAUUAAGCUCUUUUUCAGCGCUAUCUUCAGAAAUAGAACUUCUAAAGUUGUCUGUAGGUGAACUUAAGGCUGAGUUAAGAGAAAUAAAAUAACUGUAAGUCAGUAAAUGCUGGAAACAUCGAAACCGAUACCGAGAUAUCCAAAUUAUCAGAUCAGAUCAGAGAUAUCAGAUUUAUCUAAUAUGUAUACUUCCCCUCAGGUACUACUUCUCAAUACGGCCGAAGGUAUUCGAAGGAAUAUAGAAUCCCAGUCUCCGCUUGUAAGGUUCACAUCCGAACGUUUCUCCGAACGGAUCUGUUGGUGACGAAAACUGCAAAGAUGACUGGUCCAACAACACCAGUACCAAUGGAGGUAAACUGAUGCAGUAAAGCACAGAAGAAAUCGAUGAAUACUCAAACACAGUUCCAUUUCAAACAAUCGUGUUUAACAAUUCUCCUACUAAUACUAUUAAUAGUUAAUUCAAUUAUGUGUUACGUAACAACUGAUCACAAUGAUUUAUUACUCAAUUGGCUUGCUAAUGAAGACGAAGACUACCUCAUGAGAACACCACUUCACGCGUUGUCAUUCUCAUCACCAUGGGGUUAUUCACGUCAUCAACAACCACCUAUUGAUAAUUUACGCAAGCGAAAUGGACCGUAUACACAACGUUUAGGGAAAUAAUAACGACCUUUUUUGGGUGUGUGUGUGUGUGCGGGAGCGUUGUCCGUAAUUAGUAAUCAUACAUUUAGUUAUAAUUGUUUACCAAAAUAAUGAAAUCUAAAAAUUGUUUGUUAUGCAAUCGAAUAUUGAAAAUAUAAAUAUUAAAUGACAUAUUCUAUAUUGUGUUUUUUGCUCCUGAG